GGUCCAGGCCCUGGUACAAGGCAAGUCUCUCUGGCACCCACCUAGCCCAGACCUGCUGCAGCAGCCGCAUGCAAGUACCCUCCAGGUUUUAAGGUCGGUUCUUUUAUCGGACUUCUCUCCUCCUCCACCACCACCACUGCAGCAAUGACGUCGCAGCUGGAGAGUGCAAUGGACGGCCUCAUCUCUGUCUUCCACAGCUACUCGGGCAAGGAGGGCGACAAGUACAAGUUGAGCAAGAAGGAGCUGAAGGAUCUGCUGCAGAAUGAGCUCGGCUGUUUCCUGGAGGUCCAGAAGGACACAGAAGCAGUGGAUAAGAUCAUGCAUGACCUGGAUGAGAACGGCGAUGGUGAGGUCGAUUUCCAGGAAUUCGUGGUCCUGGUGGCAGCCCUCACUGUGGCUUGCAACAACUUCUUCUGGGAGAACUCCUGAGGGGCUUGAAGCCCUGGCGAGCCACGGAAGCAGCUGCUUUGCCAAGCCUGGCAUGGCACCCCUCUUGCUGUCUCCUUCCGGGUCCUCCUCCUAGCCUCCUGGCUUCUUCCUCCAGCCUGGAGGAAAGAGAGCACCUUUCAGUGCCAUGUAAUCGCUCGCCGAGACAACUCCGCUUAUUAAAAGCCAUCCCCCACCCAA